CCUAGGUUCUGAUCAAUGGUCUAUCAGUGGAGGAAUAACCUCAACAGCAGCAUGUCGAUGCCGUUACCUCUGAGCGAAUCAUUUGGGUGCACGUGUACGUGCAUCUGUCUGUCGCUAAUCUGGUUGCACCUCAGCCUGAUCAAUGAGCUCCUGGACUACCUGCAGUUGGCUGUACCUCUUCAUUUGGUGCGGCAACGUGAAUUGGAGGAUGCCGAGCAGAACAUAGCCGGCGAGUAUACCCUGGGAGCCAUAAGUAUACGAAUGAUUGCAUUUUGAUCGGACUAAGUGUCAAGGAAUUUGUUGCCAAUGAUCCUCUAAUUUUGUAUUAAUAUUUUGCCAUCAGCUUUGAACAUUUCCAAUUUCAAAGUGAUAAUAAAGACUGGAAAACUAAUGAGUGUA